AUGACGAGCACAGAAAACUUGGAUUAUGUUCAGGUACCAGAAACUUCAGAGUGUCUGGAUUGGGCGGAUCUGAGAACAUUGGAUCUUUCAAAAUUCGAUCGUCCAGGAGGUAAACAAGAGCUUGUAGCAGAUUUUAUAAGAGCGAUUGACGACGUUGGGUUUUUCUAUGUCAAAAACCAUGGGAUCACCAGGGAGGAGGUUGACACUCAAUUCGCUCUUGCAAAUUCUGUUCUGCUACUUCCAAAUGAAGAAAAGCUAAAGUACCGAGCAGCUCUUGAAGAAGGUGAUUACAAUGGCUGGAAGCCGGCUGGUACCAGAACUCUCAUACCUGGAAUCAAAGACAACUUUGAGAUCUACAAUAUCCCAAAGUUUAUCCCCGAAUAUGCAAAUAGGAAGCACCCCGAAAUUGUCAAGCAAAAUCUGCAAGCCAUUGAGAAAUUUUCAAAGCAGAUCCAUGAUCAAAUCGUGCGAAAGCUCUUGAUCAUCUUUGCCCUUGCACUCGGACUUGAAGACGAGGAAUGGUUUGUCGAGAAGCACCGAAGAGAACAAAAAGCUGCAGAAUGUUUGGCUUAA